AUGAGCUUUUUCGGCUAUCCUCGUAGAUACGGUGGUGGAGGUCUGGGGGGUAUAUUUGGUAGAGGAUAUGGUGGGGGAUAUGAUGGAGGAUACGAUGGAGGAUAUGGUGGAGGGUACGGUGGAGGGUACGGUGGAGGGUACGGUGGAGGGUACGGUGGAGGGUACGGUGGAGGGUACGGUGGAGGAUUAGGUGGAGGAUUAGGUGGAGGAUUAGGUGGAGGAUUAGGUGGACUCGGUGGAGGGUAUGAUGGAGGAUAUGGUGGAGGAUAUAGUGGUAGAUUCGGUGGUGGACUGGGUGGACUCGGUGGAGGUUAUGAUGGAGGAUAUGGCGGAGGAUAUGGUGGUAGAUUCGGUGGUGGAUUAGGUGGACGAUACGGAUUGGGUGGAGAUUAUGGCCUGGGCGGACUCGGUGGAGGUUAUGGAUUGGGCGGCGGUGGAUUUGGCAGAGACUAUGGAUAUGGUGGAGGCGGAGGCGUUUACGACAACAUAUAUGGCCGCGAUGCCUACGGCGACGGCCGUAGAAAUAUGCCACGCGGCAACGACAACUAUCAGGGCGGACGUGCCUGGACCAUACCAACCUCCUCAUCUUCCAGCCGCAGCGCCACUGGCGGCUCCGGGCCCUCAAUAUUCUCGAGCGAACACACGCGUCAUCGAGCAAGAAGACACGGCGAACACCCGAGAAGACAUGGAGGGGGGCAUGGAGGACAUGGAGGACAUCAUGGAGGACAUGCCCCUCGAUAUAACGUUAGGGUUUCGGUCCACCACCGACAUCGCGCACGCGAGCCUGAUGUUAGACCGAAUCCUCGCCGUCGGACGCUGUGUGGUUUAAUUGGCCAUAUCACGGAUUACUAUCGUUGAAAGAGUGGAAGGAGAUGAUGGUUGGUUUGAGUAGAUUGUAGAUAGGUAGAUAGGUAGAUUUUGCUAAUCGAU